AAUAUCGUAAAUUGAGUCUACACACACCCCUAGCACCCAUAGACAAGCUGUCAAAUUGGAAUGUCAGUACUGUCACUGUCAUCAAAUAUUCGUAUCGACGUGUGAUUUUCGUGCAAUGUUAUUGUACAUAUUAUAUUAAAAUUGAGCCUCAACAUGGAUAUUACUCCACUUUUCAAAGCUUGUAUAAAAACUUUAAAAGCUCGUAACAAAGCUUUCGGUAUCCAAAGCCCAGUGAGUGAAGAUAAACAGCGUAUACUGCGGCCUAAAUCUAAACAUGGUUUCAUGCACACUGCGAAAGAUAUUUGCUCACAAAUAACUAGAUUACGAGACUUUUUAUUUGAACACAGGGAGCGGUAUUUAAGUUUUUUCAAUAAUGUGACUGGGGAUGAGAUGACGGAGGCAGAGAGAGAUCAAAUAGACACGGGAGCUCAGAGAAUUAUAAACACCUGUUCUCAUUUGUUAAAAGAGUUUAGGAAUGACAAUAGGAAGUUAGCGGUGUCGGGACAGACGAGGGAGUACAUGGACGCGGUCAUCGACCUCAUAGAUUCCUACUUGAAGGCUGUAUGUAAGAUCCAUAGUGAGCUUAAAGCUCUGAGGGUGAAACGGGCAAUUGACAUAAGAAAGUUAUCCAGGCUAGAGCAGCCUCAAGUGAAGCCAAGUAAUCCUAACUUAUUUAAAACAGAAAAGCUCAUUAAAGAGGAUGCAGAGAUAGAGGCUGAAGAGACAGAUAAUUUGAAAAGGCCAGUGGAUUUGACAGACAAUGAGGUGGCCGUAAUGCAGGAUGAAGGGCAGCUGGACCCCGAAGAGCUGCAGCUGCUGGAAGAGGAGAACGUCCAGCUCCUCAACGAGCUAAACAGCAUGACGGAGGAAGUGCGGCAGAUCGAGAGCAAGGUGCUACACAUCGCCGAGCUGCAGGAAAUCUUCACCGAGAAGGUAUUACAACAAGAACAAGACAUAGACCGCAUCUCCAACACCGUGGUCGGAGCCACAGAGAACGUGAAAGACGCGAACGCGCAAAUAAGGGCCGCUAUUCAACGCAACGCGGGCCUGCGGGUGUACAUACUCUUCUUCUUGCUAGUGCUGUCCUUUACUCUGCUAUUUCUGGAUUGGUAUAAUGAGUAAAUAUGGUGUAGCUGUUUUUACUUCUGUGUUUUUAAUGAAAAUACCCUUAUACGAGUAUAUU